CAGCAAUUGAGUGGUACUGAAGUCGCUACACAUCAUGAGACAAACCCAACAACACCAAUCUGAGCAGCUGAUGAUGAUCACCGACAUGAUACACCAUGUGGAUGGGCCACCUGCUGAACCUCUAAGCUUUGCACAGUUCGAGACCCUACAGGAAUUCCUUGCCUUUGAGAAAGAGUUGACUGCAUGCGAACAAAAAAGGGUCCAACUGAAGCAGCAGAUGCAAGUAAUUGGGGGUGAUGAUGCGAAAGAUAAAACUGCCCGAAUUCUUCGCAAAAUGCUGUGCCACGAAGUGGGGGCAGCCUUCACAUGGUAUGGGACCAAGACAAAUGGAAAGUUCUCCAGUCUAGAGUUCUGCAAGGUGAUGUGUGCUUGCAUUACAGCGAGCAAGCCGAAGGAGGUGGCUGUUGGCACCCUGAAGGAAGUUGAAGCCACUACAAUGUCAUGGCUGCGCCAUGCCCAGGAGAGGCUUCAAAAGCAUUGCAAUAAGUAAGCCUAUUCAUUUGUGUUCAGCUGAGGUUGCAAUGUUAAGGUUCAUGAAAUUACAUGUUGCAUGUCCAACUCUGAAAUAUAUGGCCACGGUUCGGAAC